AUGGUCAGCGGAGAAGCCAAACCCCUCCCCUCGUACAUGCUCUCCCUCCGCGACCCCGCCGACGAAACCAACGACCUCGGCCGCAAAGGCAUAGCCAUCAAGCACGUCCAAGCCACCCUCCGCGACCUCCACAAGAACCUCCUCCUCGACGUGAAAUUCAACAAGCGAGCCUCCAUACUCUGUCCUCUCGUAGGCACAUCCUACAUGCUGCAACUCGAACGUCGCAAGAAACUGCAAAACUACGGUCGCGAGUGGGUGGAGAGGGAACAAAAGGACCUUGCUCAAUUGGCAAAGGAGGUUAGAGAGGGUGGAUGGCAAAGUGUAGUAGACGCAGUAGACGAAGAGGUGCUGAAGGAUUCUGUGGAAGAGGAUGUGGAGGAGAAUACGCUGAAGAUGAUGGAAGAGGAAGAGGCUAGGCUGCGAGUAGCCAAGGAAGAGCGGGAUAGGGAGUGGAAGAGGCUGGCCGAGGAGAAGACUCGGCGGUUGAAGGAUGAAGCGCAGAAUACGUCGAUACUAGACCAUAGUGAUACCAUGUCGUCGAUCUUGGGUAUGGGUAUGCCUGCAGUAGAGGAUCCGCAGACAAGUAAAGAUGGUGUAGACGGACAAGGCGACGAGGCGAAGAACGCCUAG